CAUGUCAAAUGUAGCUGAGUGCUUAGUAAAAAUGUUGAUAUACAACAUGUAGGUGUCACCAUGAUUCCUAGCAUAUAGAUGGGUGCAAAUACGAAACUAAGACACGUGGUCAGUUGCUGAAGAAAUUCCGGUGAAAACAUGCAGGGUCUAGCAAAAGGUCUGUAGCUGUGAGGGAAGGUGGAUGGCCCCAUAUGAGAGGUAGAUUUUUGAGAAGGGCAGAUAGGGUUCUUGAUUGUGCACAGUGUCUAAAUCCCCAUGUUUGGUACUGUGAUGGUGUGGGGGUGGUGCGGAUUAGCCCAAAUGAGGGAAAAUCAAAGCAAAAAAGGGGAACCUGCUCAGAGCAUGUUUUGUGCACCAGCACCAGUAUUUAUAGAUUACAUGUAAUUUAGGGUCAUAAUUUAUUAACUACACUAAUAUGAAAUACAAGUAUGGACAUAAAAGGGAAAUAUGAUUUUUCAUUAGUCUGUCAUAAUCUGACUUUGGUGUAUACCCCCUAUCCACAUGUUUCAAAACCAAAGAAACUGUACCCUGCCACCUUUAAGAUAAUGGCAUUUUUUGAAACACAUGGAAUUCAGUCAAUUUCAUUAAUAUUAUCAAGAUAAAUGUAUUAGAUAUGUAAUACAACCCUUUAUUUCAAUAGAUGUAUCACAUUAGUGUCACAAUGGUAGACAACAGAGUCAAGGGGGGUAAGCUAUGCUUUAGUACUAUGGAAAACCAGAAUCUGGUCAAGUAUCAUAGUGACAUGCAAGUACAUGUAAAUAAGCUUAGUGGUUAAAAUAAUGUUAUUUGGGGUACUUCAUAUACUGUGUAUUCUUUUUACAUAGAUUACAUGUAGUUUUACAUGUUCUACAUGUAAUUAACAAAUUGUACUGAUUGACAGGUCUCAGGUACAGUAGAUCACAUUUCUUCUCAGCACCAUGAUACAUAUUUAUGAAAAAAUACUUGCAGAUAGAGAGAUAAGUCAUUUUAGAGACAUUUUGUACACAAAAAACACAGUUAAUACCAUUUUCUCAUUUAUGGGUGGUACUUGUAAACAAGCCACCUCCCCUUUGACAUUUGGCUGAAUUGCAUGAAUCUUUAGUUUUCACUAUUAGGAUGGCAUAGAAUAGAAUGUAAGAAGAGAACAGGUAUUCAAAAUCUUGUUGGGGAGUUGUUUACUUAAUUAGAGCAUAUUUCAGGUCUAUACAUAUACAGUAUGUAAAGAAGUAGACAGUGAAGUGGGGAAUUUUCUUGAUUUUAAGAGCAGUUAUGUCCCUUUAUUUCUCUCUAAUCCAUCAUUUUCUACACAGGUUCUCAUGAUUACAUGUUCAGCAUGUAGCACCACAUAUAAGGUCACUUUUACCAUAGAUACAAUAUACUUGUAAUAUUAUUUGUUAGGCACAGGGAUCUUACUCGAACACUCUCAUCACUCAAAAAUGACAACAUCAUACACAGAAAUGUAGGGGUUUUAAAUAAUUUUAUUGCGUACACAUUUAGGGCGGUCGACAUGAUGUAUUGGUGUAGUUUCACUCAGAAUAAGUCAGAUUUGUCAAAAAUGGGAGUUGACGUCAAUGACAUGAGAUGUCAGAAUUCUUAAAGGUAGCAGGGGACAGUUUCGCACCAUAGGCCCGGUCAACUUUUUCAAAAAAUGGAAUUACCCCGUAUUUGAAGUGAUAUUACAUGUGUAAAAAUGUAUACAAUAAUUUUAGGAUGCAUGUCAAAUGUAGCUGAGUGCUUAGUAAAAAUGUUGAUAUACAACAUGUAGGUGUCACCAUGAUUCCUAGCAUAUAGAUGGGUGCAAAUACGAAACUAAGACACGUGGUCAGUUGCUGAAGAAAUUCCGGUGAAAACAUGCAGGGUCUAGCAAAAGGUCUGUAGCUGUGAGGGAAGGUGGAUGGCCCCAUAUGAGAGGUAGAUUUUUGAGAAGGGCAGAUAGGGUUCUUGAUUGUGCACAGUGUCUAAAUCCCCAUGUUUGGUACUGUGAUGGUGUGGGGGUGGUGCGGAUUAGCCCAAAUGAGGGAAAAUCAAAGCAAAAAAGGGGAACCUGCUCAGAGCAUGUUUUGUGCACCAGCACCAGUAUUUAUAGAUUACAUGUAAUUUAGGGUCAUAAUUUAUUAACUACACUAAUAUGAAAUACAAGUAUGGACAUAAAAGGGAAAUAUGAUUUUUCAUUAGUCUGUCAUAAUCUGACUUUGGUGUAUACCCCCUAUCCACAUGUUUCAAAACCAAAGAAACUGUCCCCUGCCACCUAAACUCAACAUUGCCAGCAGAGACGAGGGAACUAAGACUACGGAUAAAAGUAUCCAAACGUGGUGAGAAGACUUGGAUGAAUUAACAUAACAGAAGGAAGACCGGAAGCCAUUGUUAUAUGGUGGUAUAAUGUAUCAGCUGUUCUAUCACUUCAUACAUAUCGAGAUUGCAGAUAAGAUAUUACCUCAUCAGAAUUCAUAACUUGAGCAAUAUGUUCCCUUUGACAUUCAAUUUUAUUACUGAUAACCCUAUGUUACUGUAAAUUCAUUCAUCUUCCUCCAAAGAUGUACAUGUUAAAUUCUUCAUUGCUAUUUUAGCUCACCUGAGUCAAUGACAAGUUUUUCUGAUCAAAAUGUGUCCAUUGUACAUCGUCGUUGUUUGCAUUCUCCUCAUCAUAAACUUUCCUCAUUUUCAUAUUCUUUUCCAGAACCACUGGGCAAAUUUCAACCAAACUUGGCACAGAGCACCUUUGGGUGAAGGGGAUUUAAAUUUUUAAAAUGAAGGGCCGUGCCCGUUCAAAAAUGCAAAAAUAUGAUGGGUAAUUUUAAAAUCUUCUCAAGAACCACUGGGCCUGAAGAAAUAAAAUUCAUAUGAAAGCUUAUUGACAUAUUAAAAUUUGUUAAAUGUGUGCCUCCCCCCACCCUCCCCAGGGAUAGCAUGGUGCACAAAACGGGAUGAAAAAAAAUACAUGCAAAUAUAUAGGGAAAUUUUUUAAUGUCUUCUGAAGAGGCACUGGCCAGAAAAGUACAGAUUUACAUCAAAGGUUUCUGAUAUAGUGCAGAUUAAAAUUUGUUAAAAUCAUAGCUCCGAGGGGUUGGAUGGGUCCACAAUAGGGGGUAAAAGUUUCACAUACAAAUAUAAUUCGGAUAUUUUUGAAGAUCUUCUGAAGAACCACCAUACCAGAUAUGUUUAUGUUUACAUGAAAGUUUCCGGACAUAGUGCAGAUCGAAGUUUGUAAAAAUCAUGGCCCCGGGGUGUAGGGUGGGGCCACAAUAUGGGAACAACGAUUUACAUGGGGAAAAAAUGGGCAAAUCUUCUAAAGAACCACUGAGCAAAAAAAGUUUCCAAAACAUUUCUUUUAGUGAUGUAACCAGUGAAAAUAGACUUUUCUUCUAUUCUUCUGUAACCAGUGAAAAUAGACUUUUCUUCUAUUCUUCUAGCUGCCCAAAGUUUUGCAUACAAAUAUACACUGGACCAUUUACAUUUACAUGUAAGCUUUCUGACAUAGCACUGAUUCAAAAUCUCCCAGGGGCUGGGGUGGGUUAAGGUAGGAGCCACAAUAGGGAUUAAAGUUUUACAUUCGAAUAUGUAGGGGGAAUCAUUCUGAGAAUUUCACUUUUUAAAUGGCAUAAAUAGUAGGUUUAUCUCUUUUUGAUGCGGCAUAAACCUAUAGCAUUUGGCAUACACCUGACCAAAACUCCUUGCAGGGAAUGCACCACAUUUCUCUCCCCUCAAAAUUCAACCAUACUUUUCUGUUCAGCCACUGUGGUUUGAAUUCACGUUUUCUUUUUUUUCUUUUUUUUCAUAUAGCUUGCGUUUUUCUUGUUCUGAUUUUUUUGUUUGUUUGACACCAUUUGGUUUAAUAACGGGCUUUGUGCCAUCAAAAUAUUUUAACUGUAGAACCAUUUACACGUCAUUUGUUGACCUUCACCUCAAAUUAUAUUUGCUAAGUCAGAUGUAUAUUAUUUUCUUUUAACAUUCUUGCAAUAUUUGAAUAUUUGCGAAAUAAAGAAAAAAGGACAACUCUUGUUAUAUUGUUAGGGAAAAUUUUAAUUUAAAAAUCGAUCCCAAUAAAAUUCAUCAAUGCAGAUAAAAAAAAAAAAACAUCGACAUUUAAAGACAUUCGAAUCAUACGCUGAACAAUUUGUCUAGAACACGUCAUAAUCUUCAAACCACUUACACACUUAUGUCGUAUAUUUUAAAAUCAAUGGGAGCACAGCGAUUUUUUUCUACCCACUGGUACUGGUACCGGUACCCAUUCAGUUGGGAAAAAUAGCGUCAAAAUUGAACAAAUUGGGAAUUUUCUAACAAUGUAUCGGCAAAUGAUUUCAACUAAAAGAAAAGAAAAAAGAGAACAAAACAAGAAGUAGUCAUGUCUUUACAAACUUUUUUACGCUAAUAUUUGCUGUUGUGAGAUAUAAGGAAUCGUCAUAGGCUCGUUUUAGAAUUGUUGUAGUUCUACAAAACACGCGCACUGCCAUGAUCUGUACUUUCGAUUUAAUACCAGAAGUGGACAUUUUAGUUAACUUCUACAACGUUUCAGACUAAGUAAAUUACGAUUUUUCGGCAAGUGAAUUGGGAAAUUUUAGUCUCAAAAUUGGGAAAAAGCAAUGGUUUUUGGCAUUGGGAAUGGUACUGUUUAUCGGUACCAGUUAUAUAAGGAAAAAAAUCGCUGGAGCACAAUCCAGGUCCCAAAAUAGAUUUUGACGAUUGUAAGGGAAAAUAUUUAUUUUAAGUGCAUUAUCACACACGUACCAUAAUCAUUUCUUUGUUUCUUGGAAUUUGGCAUCUAGACAAUUCGGGAUAUCUUAUUUGCACAUGACAUGGUACAACCUCAUUUGGAAUAGCCGCGGUGUAUCGGUUAAAUUCUGAGACUGGAAAAUCUUUAAAUAUGGGUUAAGGUGACUCGGGUGAGCAAUGUGGCUCAUGGACCUCUUGUUUUAAAUAUCCUACAGUUGCCAUAUCACUGCAUAGAUGAAUUCAAUACUUUAGUUUUUCCACAGGUGAUAGCAGUUAGAUUUAUCAGCAUCACAAGAUAACAGCUAGAUAUACCAGCAUCACAAGGAGAGAUAAAAUGGAAAACAUGUGGUGGUAACAAUAGUAACAUUGAUAGAUAGGAACUGAUAUUGUUUAGGGUAGGUUUAUCCUCAAAUCAAACUAAAGGCCCAGCUGAAGUUUGUUUUUUUAAUGAAGAGUUUUAGGUCAUCUGAGUCUUUUAGGUGACUUAAUACCUUUGGUCAUCGUCCGUCGUCAUGUGUCGUCCAUUACCAAAUUUACAUUUUAACUUCUUCUUGAAAACUACACUGCUAAAUGUUUCCACUUUUGGUGUGGAACAUCUUUAGGAUCAAAGGAAAAUAAAUAAUUGACUGUAAAAUGUAUGACCUUAAUUGCCACUACUGGGACCUCAUGGAUACAUAGGGCCAAAUAUUUUUUAAGAGACUAUAUAUGAAAAAUCAUCUUCUCUACUCCCACAGAUGUGGGAUAAAAACUAAAUGCAUAAUUAUGAUAUCCAUAAAGCCUGAAAUGUGUGGAGAAAACCAUUGCAGUUGAUGAAAUCUUCAAAAAUCUUCCUCUUUACUCUUAGAAACGAAAGAGUCAAACUAUUUAGCAUGAUUAUGAUAUAUACAUGUUAUAAGCAAUAUGAGUCCUUUACCUAAACUGUGAGUUGAUAACCCUUGGGAUCUGUAAAUCAUCUAUCAAAAUACCUUAGUGUUCUUUACUUUUGGACAGAAACCGUCAAAUGGUUGAUAUAAUUUAAAACUUGUGUAAUGCGAUAACACUUACUGAAAAAUAAAACUUGUUGAAAACGCAAUUUUUUAAAAAAAGAUCCUUACUCCUGAACUUCAAUAGGACAAACUGCUUGCAUAAUAACUUUUAGUUAUAUCAGUAUAUCUAUACCUAUUGCAAGCAACUAGCCCUAAUCACCGUUAGCGAACUGUUAGCUAUACAUAUGUAAUUACUCAUAACGAGCAACUAGUUAUAAUUAAUUAAAGAAAACAACUAGCCAUUGUAAUUACCUAAAACAAACAACCCGCCGUCAUUACCUAUAACGAGCAACUAGCCAUCAUUACCUAUAGCGAGUAACUAGCCACCAUUACCUAUAACGAACAACUAGCCAUCAUUACCUAUAGCGAGUAACUAGCCAUCAUUACCUAUAACGAACAACUAGCCAUCAUUACCUAUAGCGAGUAACUAGCCAUCAUUACCUAUAACGAACAACUAGCCAUCAUUACCUAUAGCGAGUAACUAGCCAUCAUUACCUAUAACGAACAACUAUCCAUCAUUACCUAUAGCGAGCAACUAGCCAUCAUUACCUAUAAUGAGCAACUAGCCAUCUUUACCUAUAACGAGCAACUAGCCAUUAUAAUUACCUAUAACAAGCGACAAGCCACAAUUACAUAGAGCAAGCAACUAUCCAUCUUUACCUAUAGCGAGCAACAAACCGUUAAUUACCAAUAGUGAGUAACAAGACAUAAUUACAUAUAGCGAGCAAAUAGCCAUCAUUACCUAUAGCAAGCAAUCAGCUAGCAAUACCUUUAGCGAGCAAUUUGCAAUCAUUACUUACAGCAAGCAAUUAGCCAUAAUUACCCCUAACAAGUAACUAUCCACCAUUACCUGUAGUGAGCAAUAAACCAUAAUUAUAUAUAGCGAGCAAUUACACAUCAUUACCUAAAGCGAGCAAAUAGCCAUCAUUACAUAUAACAUGCAGCUAGUCAUUAUAGUUACCUAUAGCGAGCAACUAGCCCUAACUACUAAUAGUGCGCAACUAGCUUUGAUUACCUAUAAAGAGCAAUUAGCCAUCAUUACUUACAGAAUUCUUAGAAAUAUUCUCCUCUACACCCGAGCAAAUAGAAAACAUAUUGUAGUUGUUAGUGUAUAUCACCUGUAAACAAAAUUAUAUAAAAAUCGCCAUGUCUGUCUGUCUACAUGUCCAUCUUCUGUCCUUCCCUAUUAAUCUGCAUCAGGGAGACAACUUGUAAUAAUAACAUUUAAUGAUCAGUCAACAUAUUUGAAAUCAUUCUGUUCCUCAAGAUUGAAAAUUGCAAUCAUUGAACCAUCAAUGUACAACACUUGCAACAGACAUUUAAGGAUUUCCUGUGCGAUACUCAGGUGACCGUUUCUGUCCAUCGGUCAGUAACCUAAAUGUUGAACUUUAAUGGAUUGAUAUAUCAGUAGUUAUAGUCUUUUCUAAGAAACUGUUUCAGUAAGAUGAAUGAUAAUUUAUCACCACGUUGAUAUUGUGAUUUCUUGAUUUUUGACAGGUUCAUACUGGACUUUCAUGAGGUCCUGCAGAACUGAGAAAAGGAAGUCGACGUCAAAGUGAUUGUAUUCUUAAAGACCCAGACCCUCCACAUCAUGGCCACACUAGGACUCAGUACUCAGCUAAAAGUACGACAAUGUUCUCAAUGUCAGAGGGACACUGAAUUUUACUGUAACACAUGUAAACGUGAUCUGUGUUUACAGUGUAAAAAGAAACAUGUCAUUGAUCUACAUACCAAACACCAUGAUGUUGUGAUUUACCGUGAGAAGUUUAACUACAUCCCCAGACAAGAGAUCUGUGUCAGACAUCCAGACAGGUUCUAUGAAAUGUUCUGUCAGUCGUGUGAACUUUCUGUCUGUUUCCGAUGUUUAGAGCACCGAAAACACCAAAUACUGGAUCUUAGAACAGCCUAUCAAACAAAGCGACAACAACACCGAGAAAUCAUUGACAACAUCAGAAGUGAGACUCUCUAUAACUGUCGUGUUCUCCUGGCAGGAAUCCAAACUGAUAUCCAAACUUGUCCCCCACAAAUCUGUCACCGUCAAUCACAGAUGUCAACAAAAGCCCAGAGACUGAAGGAUCUGAUUGACACUGUGGUAUGUGAUGUUAAAACAAGAUACCGAGGUUUAUUGAUUGAUAGAAUACAACAACAGAAGAGAAAAAUGAACAGACAACUAGUUCACCUACAGAACUAUGAAGACAGAUAUGAACAAUCAGCAAACAGAGCGGUACAAUUCCUCUUGUUUAUAAAGACCAGUCGUGUCCCCCAGAUAAAGAACAGUCCUAGUCAGUUAUUGAGUGUCAUCACAGAAAUCCAAAUGACAACAGGAAAACGACAAGUAGGAAUAGACGAGUGUGUGAAACUGAUGUCCACACCUGUAUUACACACGUCUGUCUGUGUGACAGGUGUUAGUCGUGUGGUACACAUAUCUCGUGUGAUGUCAGAUCGGGUCUGGGUCUCUGAUUAUAACAAUCUCAUCUUGACAGACACAACAGGAGACACUAUACACCGUGUGACAGAUAUAGGAUGGUAUAGAGGACACACAGUGAACAGUUCUGGUGAACUGAUUUAUAUAGACAGUGAUUAUAACAUCAACAAACUGUCUACAGACAAUAAAACAGUCACCAGACUGAUACAGAGUACAUCACCAUGGUAUCCACGGUGUGUGUACUGCUCCCCGUCCACUGGAGAUCUGAUGGUGGGGAUGUGGAACAUUGAUACAAAGACAGGCAAGGUAACCCGGUACAACAGUAGUGGUCAACACAUCCUGACCAUAGAACACGACAACACAGGUCACACACUGUAUAGUGUUCCUCUCUAUAUCACAGAGAACAAUAACGGUGAUAUCAUUGUGUCUGACAGGAUUAAUGAUGACCGUGGUGCUGUAGUGGUGAAAGAGCGCGGGGGGAGACAUCGAUUCUCCUACACAGAACCUCCAUCAGGAUCAUCACUAGCACCAUGGGGAAUCUGUACAGACGCGCUGUCACACAUCCUGGUGUGUGAUGAUAACACCCACACAGUACAGAUGAUUGACAAGGACGGUCACUUCCUGUCUCUGUUACUGACACGACAACACGGGAUAAACACACCAUGGAGCCUGAACUAUGAUGAUAAAACUCACCUUCUCUGGGUCGGAUCAUGGUACACCAACACAGUGUCUGUAUAUAGAUAUCUACAGAGGAGGUACUCUCUGACUGACUAUCCAGACAGUGAGGAAGACGACACCAGGGGGAAAUUUGACGUUGAUGACAAGGACGCCAGGGGAGAAGCUGAUCCUAAAACAUGUUGCCAGCGGUGUAUCUUGGUGUAGAUAUGACAUACAAUUACCAUUACCAUUCCUUCAGCCAAUGAAACUGAUAUACAUUUCUUAAUCUGGUGAUGGUGGACACGGAUUACAUUUUCUCAUCUAGUGAUGGUGGACACUGAUUACAUUUCCUCAUCUAGUGAUGGUGGACAUUGAUUACAUUUCCUCAUCUAGUGAUGGUGGACAUUGAUUACAUUAUUCCCAUCUAGUGAUGGUGGAUACUCAUUACAUUUCCUCAUCUAGUGGUGGUGGAUAUUGAUUACAUUCCUUAAUCUAGUUAUGGUGGACAUUGAUUACAUUUCCUCAUCUAGUGAUGGUGGACACUCAUUACAUUUCCUCAUCUAGUGAUGGUGGACAUUGAUUACAUUUCCUCAUCUAGUGAUGGUGGACAUUGAUUACAUUAUUCCCAUCUAGUGAUGGUGGACCUUGAUUACAUUUCAGCAUCUAGUGAUGGUGGACAUUGAUUACAUUUCCUCAUCUAGUGAUGGUGGACAUUGAUUACAUUUCCUCAUCUAGUGAUGGUGGACACUGAUUACAUUUCCUCAUCUAGUGAUGGCGGACACUGAUUACAUUUCCUCAUCUAGUGAUGGUGGACAUUAAUUACAUUUCCUAAUCUAGUGAUGGUCGACAUUGAUUACAUCUAUCAGUCAGUGAUGGCAGACAAACAUUAAUGUUGAUCAUUGUAGCAAGUAUUCGUGAUUUUGUGUUGAUUAUAACCUCCAUGUGAUUCAUUGAUCAAACCUUCAUUUUCACACUUUAUUUAUUACAUUUGUAUGUAUUGACUUGAUGAGAGACAUUUGUAUGUCUCCCUUCAAAGAAGAGGGGCAUGUUGGUUUGUACCUGUCGGUCGGUAGAUCACGUUGUCCACCCAAUAUCUUGAGAACCAUUCACUUGAUCGUAAUAAUAUUUCAUAUGUAUGUUGAUUAUGAAGAGAAGAGGCCCCCUAUUGUUUUUCAGGUCAAAAGGUUAAAGGUCAAGGGUCAGUCUACUCUGGACAUAGGAAUAUAAUGUCCGCUCAAUAUCUUGAGAACCCUUUGUUUGACAGACAUCAAACUUGGUACACUGGUAUAUCUUUAGAAAAAGAUGACCCCUAUUGAAUUUGAGGUCCCAUGGUCAAAGGUAAAGGGUCAAACUGGACAUUCGGAUAUACUGUCUGCUCAAUAUAUUGAGAACCCUUUGCUUGACAUACAUCAAACUUGGUACACUGGUACAUUUUCAGGAGUUGAUGACCUCUAUUGAUUUUUCGGUCACAUGGUCAAUCCGCUCUUGACAUAGGAAGAUAUUGUCUGCUCAAUAUUUUGAAUUAAUGAUACUAUCAUUUAAAUGAUGUGUGUAUAACUCUUUUCAAUUUUGCACCAUGGGUGGGGAGUGGCAUAUUCGUUUUAGAAAUAUCUCUUGUCUAUAUAAGUUUUAUGAUGUAUUUUUUAGCUCACCUGAGCCGAAGGCUCAAGUGAGCUUUUCUUAUCACAUUUUGUCCGGCGUCCGUUUGUCUGUCUGUCCGUCUGUCUGUAAACUUUUCACAUUUUCAUCUUCUUCUCAUGAACCACUGGGCCAAUUUCAACCAAACAUGACCAAAAGCAUCCUUGGGUAAAGGGUUUUCAAGUUUGUUCAAAUGAAGGGCCAUGUCCCUUUCAAAGGGGAGAUAAUCACAAAAAUGCAAAAAUAGGGUGGGGUCAUUUAAAAAUCUUCUUCUCAAGAACCAGUGGGCCAGAAGAGCUGAAAUUUACCUGAAAGCUUCCUGACAUAUUGCAGAUUCAAGUUUGGUCAAAUCAUGGCCCCCGGUGGUAGGAUGGGGCCACAAGGGGAGAUCAAAGUUUUACAUACAAAUAUAUAGGGAAAAACUUUAAAAAUCUUCUUCUCAAGAACCACUAAGCCAGAAAAGCUGAGAUUUACAUGAAAGCUUCCUGACAUAAUGCAGAUUCAAGUUUGUUCAAAUCAUGGGCCCCGGGGGUUCGAUGGGGCCACAAUAGGGGAUCAAAGUUUUACAUACAAAUAUAUAGGACAAAUCUUUAAAAAUAUUUUUCUCAAGAACCACUGAGCCAGAAAAGCUGAUUUUUACAUGAAAACUUUCUGACAUAGUGCAGAUUCAAGUUUGUUCAAAUCAUGGCCCCCAGGGGUAGGAUGGGGCCACAAAGGGGGAUCAAAGUUUUACAUACAAAUAUAUAGGGAAAAACUUUAAAAAUCUUCUUCUCAAGAACCACUAAGCCAGAAAAGCUGAGAUUUACAUGAAAGCUUCCUGACAUCAUGCAGAUUCAAGUUUGUUCAAAUCAUGAGUCCCGGGGGUUCGAUGGGGCCACAAUAGGGGAUCAAAGUUUUACAUACAAAUAUAUAGGACAAAUCUUCUUCUCAAGAACCACUGAGCUAGAAAAGUUGAUUUUUACAUGAAAACUUUCUGACAUAGUGCAGAUUCAAGUUUGUUCAAAUCAUGGACCCCGGGGGUAGGAUGGGGCCACAAGGGGGGUCAAAGUUUUACAUACAAAUAUAUAGUUAAAAUCUUUUUCUCAAUAACCACUGAGUCAGAAAAGCUGAUAUUUACAAGAAAACUUUCUGACAUAGUGCAGAUUCAAGUUUAUUCAAAUCAUGGACCCCGGGGGUAGGAUGGGGCCACAAGGGGGGUCAAAGUUUUACAUACAAAUAUAUAGUUAAAAUCUUUUUCUCAAUAACCACUGAGUCAGAAAAGCUGAUAUUUACAAGAAAACUUUCUGACAUAGUGCAGAUUCAAGUUUAUUCAAAUCAUGGCCCCCGGGGUGUAGAAUGGGGCCACAAGUGGGGGGGGGGGGUGAAAGUUUUACAUACAAAUAUAGGAAAAACUUUAAAAAUCUUCUUCUCAAGAACCAUUGAUCCAAAGAAGUUGACAUUUACAUGAAAGCUUUCUGACAUAGUGAAGAUUCAAGUUUGCAAAGGGUAGUUUGGGCCAUAAUAGGGACCAAGGUUUUACAUGCAAAUAUAUAUGGAGUCUUCAGAUAUGGGCCAAGGUGACUCGGGUGAGCGAUGUGGCCCAUGGGCCACUAGUUUGUAAAACAAUUUUCAAUCAUGUAAAUGUUUUAGAUAUUUUCUAUCUGUAUUAUGCAUGUCUGCUAAAAUAAAAAGAAACGAUUGUGUACAUAAAAAGA